CCAAUUUGAUAGUAAAGAAUUCGAGUCCGUUGUUUUCUCUUGGCGAAAAUCUGAAUCUUAAUAAUCAAUAUAAUUUCUAAAAGAAAUAAUUUGUCUUAAUAGUAUGCUACCAAAUAUAUUUUGAUAUUUAUAGAUUAUCGAGAAUAUUUUAGAAUUUGAAUUUAUUAGUAAUUCCAAGUUUGCCCUGAUUCUCAACUGUUGUCCGUGUUCAACUCUCACCGGAGAGGCAAAUCAGAAGAAGAAUAUUAGGAGAGAGAGAGAGAGAGAGAGAGAGAUGAAAACACAACAUCCCCACGAUCCUGUUUUGUAGAGAGAGCAAACAUGCGCUUGCUUUUUGCGAUUUUAAUAUCGAUCAUCCAAAUCCCUUUAGCGAUUACCAAGUGACAAAAAUCCGUCAUUAUCUUCCAAGAUCAUCUAUUCGCGAACUGGCUGUUGAUUUCUUAUAUCUUCGAGGGGUGAAUUCUUCGUUAAUUUUGAAAUUAGAAAGUGGAUUAUCAUUUGGGUGAUGAAGAACGUUGAUCGACGAAAGGGUUUGUUUUUGAUGUAACAUGGCGCUUCUGUUGGCCGUCAUUAAUACCAAAGAUGUCGCUUUACAUUGGUCGCGAGGCUUCAAAGUUAUGGAAGAGAAUUUGUACAGAGACCUCAACAGAAAUCGUUCUUCUUGGUGAAAAUUGGAAGUAUAUUUUAGGUGGCCUCAUAUUUCAGUACAUCCAUGGACUGGCAGCUCGAGGAGUUCAUUAUUUACAUAGGCCUGGUCCGACACUUCAAGAUCUAGGCUUCUUUCUUCUUCCAGAGCUUGGGCAAGACAGAGCUUAUAUCAGUGAAACUGUAUUUAGCAUUAUUUUUCUGUCUUUCAUCUUGUGGACUUUUCAUCCUUUCUUCUCGAAGAGCAAGAAAAUCUAUACUGUUUUGAUAUGGUGCAGGGUUCUAGCGUUCUUAGUUGCUUGUCAAACUCUGAGAAUAAUAACUUUUUAUUCAACACAGCUGCCCGGUCCAAAUUAUCACUGCCGAGAGGGCUCGAAGCUUGCUAGGCUGCCUCGCCCUGAUAAUAUUUUAGAAGUUCUAUUAAUUAAUUUUCCUCGCGGGGUGCUUUAUGGCUGUGGCGAUCUGAUAUUUUCAUCCCACAUGAUAUUCUCUCUCGUCUUUGUGCGCACAUUCCAUAAGUACGGCACUCACAGAUUCGUGAAGCAUUGUGCUUGGUUGACUGUGGUAACUCAGAGCUUAUUGAUUGUUGCGUCGCGUAAGCAUUACACCGUUGAUGUCGUUGUAGCAUGGUACACAGUGAAUUUGGUGGUGUUCUUCUUAGACAAGAAGCUGCCAGAACUACCCGAUCGUUCGAGUGGCUCUGCGUCGCAGUUGCUUCCGUUGAGCAAAGAUACGAGGAUAAAAGAUGAGAAUCAUAAACUCUUGAACGGAAACUCCGGGGAGUCUGCCGAUUGGAGACCACGGACACAAAUCAAUGGAAAGAUCGCAGAAGAAGGAAAUGCCGAAGCAGCUAUCAACGGUGCAUAAUCGACGAACAAGGCCGGAAAAGUCGUCCUCAAGGCUCGAUAAGCAUCACCUGUAAUCUUAUAUAAUGUAUUAUUGGUUAGAUUUACAAAGUUUAUAUAGCAGCAGCCAUAAUGCAUCAAGGAAAUUUCAAACUUAGGAUUUGGGUCUCAGCAUUCUGUGAUUUCUUUCAUUUCAUUCUCUCUUGAACAACAAAGUCUUUCGCGAUAAAGACUACACAGGUAAUGCCUAUUCUUGCAAUUAUUUCUCCA